GACGUACUUCCGGGUUGAAGCACCCAUCCAAGCGAGGGAGAACGGGAGUGUCACUGUUUAUUAUUAAAGUACCAAUAAACGCAAGAGCAAAACAUUACUGAGGAAACAUUCUCUUCCCAUAACUCAGGUCAUCAUGGCAUCCGGCAGCUCGAGCAGUGAGGAGGAGAGGAGCCUGCGGGAGUGCGAGCUCUACGUGCAGAAGCACAACAUCCAGCAGCUGCUGAAGGACUGCAUCGUGCAGCUGUGCACGUCCAGGCCCGAGCGACCCAUGGCCUUUCUCCGGGACUACUUCGAGAGGCUCGAGAAGGAGGAGGUCAAGCAGACGCUCAGCCAGCAGAAGUCCGGCUCUCGCUCCGAUUCUCGGGAGGACGAGAUUUCUCCUCUCAUGAACCCGGUGGUGAAAGGUCGGCGUCGCCGCGGCGCCAUCAGCGCGGAGGUUUACACCGAGGAGGACGCCGCGUCCUACGUCAGAAAAGUUAUUCCAAAAGACUACAAAACCAUGGCUGCUCUGGCUAAAGCGAUCGAGAAGAACGUGCUCUUUUCCCACCUCGAUGACAACGAAAGGAGUGAUAUAUUUGAUGCCAUGUUUCCUGUGAAUUACAUCGCUGGAGAGACUGUCAUUCAGCAAGGUGACGAAGGCGAUAACUUCUACGUCAUCGAUCAAGGCGAAAUGGAUGUGUACGUGAACAACACUUGGGUGACAAGUAUUGGAGAAGGCGGAAGUUUUGGCGAGUUGGCGCUGAUUUACGGCACCCCUAGAGCAGCGACCGUCCGAGCCAAAACCAACGUCAAACUCUGGGGCAUCGACAGAGACAGCUACAGGAGGAUACUGAUGGGGAGCACUCUGAGGAAGAGGAAGAUGUACGAGGAGUUUCUGAGCAAGGUGUCCAUUCUGGAAUCCCUGGAUAAAUGGGAGAGGUUAACGGUGGCCGACGCCCUGGAGACGGUGCAGUUCGAGGACGGGCAGAAGAUCGUCGUCCAAGGCCAACCCGGAGACGAGUUCUUUAUCAUCCUCGAGGGAUCUGCUGCGGUGCUUCAGAGACGCUCAGAGAACGAGGAGUUUGUGGAAGUGGGCAGACUCGGCUCUUCUGAUUACUUCGGCGAGAUCGCGCUGCUGAUGAACCGUCCUCGCGCCGCCACUGUGGUCGCUCGCAGUCCUCUGAAGUGCGUGAAACUGGACCGUCCCCGGUUUGAGCGUGUGCUCGGGCCCUGCUCCGACAUCCUGAAGAGGAACAUCCAGCAGUACAACAGCUUCGUCUCGCUCUCCGUUUGAAUCUCUCUCUCUCUCUCUCUAGUUCCUUCUCUCUUUCUCUUUACACCUUCUCUGUUUAUCGCAGGGUCCAGCUACGCUUUAUUUUCUUACUUUUGUUUGUGUACGUUUCCUUCGUGCUCGCUCUGUGUGUGUGUGUGUGUGUGUGUGUGUGUGUGGUAGAUUUAACCCCUCGAAGGUAGGACUGUAAAACGAAGCCGGAAUUCAACAGAAACACCAGGAACUGCUCUCGUUAUCGUUUCUUCCGUCUGUUCGAGUAAACGUGACGCAUAUUGAUUUAACUUAUUUAAAAUUUUUCAGCAAAUUUAGGUUUUUGUCCUCAUAAUUUCUGAGUAUUUCGAAUCAGAUGAGAUCUCUUUUAUUUCUCAUGUUCUUGUGUUUGUUUGUGUGUGUGUGUGUGUGUGUGUGUGUUGUAGAGUAAUCUUAAUUUGGUCAAUCUUCACACAAAAAAAAAAGUCAGAGCUCAAUAAAAAGACAAUUCCCUCUGUUACAGAUGAGCCUCAUCCUGUUUAUAGGUACAAUAAAUUUAUUUCAUAAGCCUUUAACUUAGUGUUACUGAAUCCCGGCGUUCCGUACAGCGCGUGUUCCCGUUUCGAGCCAGGUAUUCCCAGCGGGAUGAGCUCUGGAUCACUCACAAUCCUGAUUCUGACCUUGUUUUAAGACUUAGUUUCAGAAGUUUAUUUCUCUGUUGGAGAUUUUGAUAUUUAAAAGACGAGUUUAAUUUACAGAAAGUAAAAAAAAACAACAACUCCAGUAUCAAUUGAACGGUUACAGAAAAUUAAAAUAAUUAAACGUCAGACUGUGAUUUCAGGAUUAAUGCGUGAUGGAAGAACAGAACCUUAUUUUUCUUACAGAUGAGCCUUAGCUUGUUUAUCCUUUUUUUUUUUUUUCCUCCACAAAAUAAAAAAAAAAAUUAAUCCUAAAUCCUGAGGGCUGAAAAAUUGUUUUUUAAAUAUCAGAUUUUUCCAAAAUUAGUUUUUUUUUUCCUCUCUGUACUCAAACUAAGUGCACCGUACUGUCUUAAUUUCCUGUGCACAUUCUUUUCUAAUCGUGACUUGUUUCAGCUUUCAGUGAAGAUCAGGGGCGGCGGCUUUUCCUUGUCGUGUUCGGAGUGUGUUGAGUCCCGAGUCUGUAAACCGUGCGCGCGCUUGAGUCCGCACAUUUUAACAGUGUUUACAAUUUAUUUUGGAUUGUGGUGACGCCAAAGGCGCACGUGUGUGUGUGUGUGUGUCUGUGAUUCCUGUUGAUUCUGUUUGUUCUCCCGAGGGUACUGAAGUUGAAUCAUUAAGAUAUUGUGUGUGUGUGUGUGUGUGUGUGUGUGUAGCGUAGCGAUCCGCUUUGCUCCUUAUCCUUCUUAAUUGCACAUUUAUAGCAGAAGUAAAUGAUAAUAAAUCACCAUCACUGUAUUUUUUGCACACUUUGGUAUAUAUAUAUAUAUAUAUAUAUAUAUAUAAAAAAAUAUUAUAUUAAGCUUCUCUCUAUAUAAAUGUAAAUAUAUAUAUUCAUGUGGCGCUAUUUUUUCUUCUUCUUUUUCAAUAUUGUUGGUUCGGUUUUGUUUAUUUUACCAAAUUUUUACUUUAAAGUCCAGACCGUCUAGUGUAGACCUGUUCACGGCGGACAAUAAUGGUGGUUUGGGACAGCUGAGCUCAGAUGAGGUGUGUGCAGCGAACGAGGUGCAGUUUGGGACACAUCCGUGUAAGACUGACGAUGACGAGUCAUUAGUGAUAUUAGGAGCCCUUAUUAGUGAAAAGGGGACGUGGUUUGGGACGAUUCCGCCGAAGACAGAUCAGGGACGGGAGUUUGCAGUGGCUGUGAAGCCUGUAUAGUAAAAUAUAGGGUGUGGAUUGGGAGUCUGAUGACGAUUAGACAUUAUAGACGACCCCUCUUUAGUGAAGAGGGCGUGGUUUGGGAGAUUUAAUCAUACGUAGACGAGCCCACGAUAGUGAAUAGGGCACGGUUUGGGACGCGUCCGCAGUGGACUAGUGAGAGGGGUGGGGUUAGUAGUUUUAGACCGAUGUUUUAGCGAAGAGGGCGUGGUUUAGGACAUGUCCCCAGUGGAUCAGUGGUGGAGACAUGUUUGCGUAUGGAAUAGGGAUAAAACGUCUCGUGUUUUUACCUCACAGUGCUCCUGUGCUUCAUGCCGAAGUUUAGUUUAGAUAUCACGUGCCUGUUGUGGAUGCGCGUUGGUUCAGUUUAAAGAUGUGACGCGUCGCUGAGUGAGCAUCAGCACACGUUUGGUACUCUGGGUAUUUAAUUUUUAAAAAAUGUACGUCUAUUUAAGAUCCCUGUAACGUCAUUGUGUUCUGAUUAUAUUUACCGUAAAGCAGAAAGUAAGAUCGUAGUUACUGCAGCGAUCGAAUGGCUUUUAUUUCACCUGGGUUAAAGUAGCAGUAUGUCAUUUUUUUUUUCUCUCCCUAAAAGUUUAAUUUGUCAGAGAAGAGGAAAGCACUCGGUCCUAAAAUCAGUUUAAAGACCUAGCUCGUAGACGCUAUCGCCAAAAUAGUUACAUACUGCAGCUUUAAUACGUAACGUUUGUAUAGUAUUAAAGAGGACGGCGAGUUACAGUUUUCCAAAUGUUGUACUGUAUUUCUUCAAAACUGACUGAGGAAACUCGAGCUGAAAAAGUGUGUUUGUUUAAGUGUAUACAAGUGAGAGCUGUAAACCCAUACAAGAAUCUCUUUUACGCUCAUUUUAGUUUGUGGAAGUGCCUAAUUUUAUUUUUUCUUUUAACAAUUUUUUUUUUUCAAAACUCUUUUUUUUUUUUUGCUUUUGCUUUGGUUUUGCUUUUGCUAAGCGCAAAUUUGUCAGUCUUUCUGUUUGAGCGUAGGAAUAAAUCUUUUAAUCGCAACAUCACCUCACCUUUAGCACACAGUUUUACAAUAUGAAAAUGUUCUCGUUCCUACGUCCAUCAGAGUCGCUUUGGGUUCAAUCGUUAAUCUGGUCUCAGAGAACUGAGAUGGUUUAUUAAAAAAUAUUGUUCGUGGAUGCAGUCAGUCAUAACUGGAGGAAAUUCCACGAUUGUUUUUGUAUAAAACUCUGGAAUCGUUCAAAUUUUCUGAGAUUAAAAUACAGUCUGGUCUAACUAGUAAACUAGCAUGCGGCAUUUCAGGUGAAUGUUUAUUUAAUUCUUUAUAAAAUAAACAACAACAAAAAAACCUAGCUAUGAUAAAGGUGAAAACUACAAACAGAAACGAUAAUGACUUAUAACUCAUAAAAGAGGCCACAAGCUACAAACUAGCAUUUGCUAGCAUCAGAGGUGGGAGGUAACUAAAUACAUGUACUCCUUGACUGUACUUAAGUACCUAUUUCACGUAUCUGUACUUUACUUAAGUAGCUUCUGUACUUUUUACUUUUACUCCGCUAAAAAAGUAAAGCAAACACCUGUACUUUUACCUCACUACAUUUCUGUAUGGCGUUGCGUCGCCUGACGACAGUGCUGUGUAGUAUUUGAAGCGGGAAUGUCGCCACCUGCUGCCUUGCUUUUUUUCUCAGACUGUCACAAGUGUUUGCAAUCAGGAGCCGUGCUGGUGCAGACAGAGACAGCGCGUUCACAAUAUGAGAGAGAUUUCUUAGUAUAUUAAAGGCUACUGUGAGCUACUACAAGCCCCGUACAUCAGACACUAAAUUGUGUAUGGCAGUAAAUUGUGAUGGCUAGUACUUCUGUACUUUUACUCAAGUACACAAGUAAAUGGACAGCUUCUACUUUUACUUGAGCCAUAUUUGCCUUAGGAAAUCUCUAAAUCUACUCUUCAGGAGACCUGGUGGACAACGUGGCUGCCCUAAUUGAUGAACAAGCGUUUAGAUUUUUUUUUCUGAUGCAUCAUAACAACAAUAUUGUAAACUGUGUUAAAGAGUUAAGUGACCGUUGGAAGUGAAAAUGUAAUAUUGGUACUGUGUAUUAAAUGAGCCAAUUUAUUAUUAUUAUUUUUAUUUUUUUUUAUGAGUGACUGGCAUGUUUUAUUUUCGUAUAGUAUAACACUGCCUGAACAUCCUGUUUCCUACAUUUGUAUAUCUUGCGCAGAAACUUGUAAAAGCACCAAGUGUGACGUUCUUACACGUUCCCUGACGUUGAUUUCUGCAGUAUUUGUUUUUAGGAACUGGCUCUUGUAACACGUUUCUAGUAGAGAUGCUUUUCCGCGCUAUAUAGCGAGCGGCUGCUCGACACGCUGUUUAUUAUUAUUAUUAUACUGAUUAUUAAGAAAUGUUCACAGUUCCCGCUUUAAACAGCCAUAUUUUUCCCUUUUUCAUACCGAAUCCCUUUUCUUCAUCUCUUGUGUGUUCGGCAUUCCCAUGUGUUAUUUUCAGAGCUAUUUUAUGGAUAAAAGCUAAUUAUUAUUAUUAUUUUAAUUUUUUUUUUUUUUGUGUCCAUCUGCGCUGCUUUUUAGCUUUGCUGAGGACCAUUUUCUCUUCUCUGUUUUUGUGAUGUAUACAAUUUAAUUUUCUUUUCUUUUUUUUCUCCUCCCUUUUUAUCAUAUCAUAUAUAUGCUGAUGUUGUAACCCUUUUUGGUAUCGAUCAUCCCAACGGCAGGCCAAGCAAUAAAAAAAUUCUUAAACAUC